AUGUUUGUCCGCAGGGUCUUGUACCGUUCCUCUGCCACCCUUUCUCGAAGCUUCAACCUUCUCUCUGUUUCACGGAAUUCCCAACCGCUCUCCAAUCACUUCCAUUCUCUACUCCACCCAUCACCCAACAAGCUGAUUCCAGUUCAAGCUGGUUUGUUUAAUCCAGUGAAUCCAUCCUUGACUUCGAGAUUCGGAGUUUCUUCUUCGGCCUCAUCUGAACCAGCAAGUGAUGACCCUGUAAAGGGUAGUGAGGAAGCAAAGGUAACUGAUCAGUCUGAACAAGCCAAAGCUGCGGAUCAAACCAAAGAAUCAGAUGUAGAGAGUGAUUGUGAUCUAUCCAGGGAUGAUUUAAUAAAGCUUGCUGCUGAGAAGGAACGGCUUUUGAAGUUGAAGCACAAGGAGAUUGAGAAAAUGCAGGACAAAGUUCUGCGAACUUAUGCAGAGAUGGAGAAUGUCAUGGACAGGACAAGGCGUGAAGCGGAAAAUUCGAAAAAAUUUGCUAUACAGAAUUUUGCGAAGAGUCUACUAGAUGUUGCUGACAAUUUGGGAAGAGCUGCCUCUGUUGUAAAGAACAGCUUUUCAAAAAUUGAAUCUCCUAAGGAGUCUUCCGAAGCAUCAGAACUCCUGAAAACACUUCUAGAAGGUGUUGAAAUGACAGAGAAACAACUUGCAGAGGUACUAAAAAAGUUUGGUGUAGAAAAAUAUGAUCCUACAAAUGAGCCAUUUGAUCCACACAUGCACAAUGCCAUCUUCCAAAUCCCUGAUGCUUCCAAGGCACCUGGCACUGUUGGAGUUGUUCUGAAGCCUGGAUAUAUGCUCUAUGAUCGUGUACUUCGUCCGGCAGAAGUUGGUGUAACUCAAGAAGUAGAUGACAACAAAGCAACUGAGUGA